GCCCUCGUCUUCUGGUGAGCGCUGCUGGCCAGUCCGCCCCACACUGCGCAAUGAGCUGGACACCUUCUCCGUCCACUUCUACAUCUUCUUCGGGCCCAACGUGUCAGUGCCACCUGACCGCCCCGCUGUCUUUGUCAUCAACCUCCUACCGGUGCUGGACAGUGGUGGGGUGCUCAACCUGGAGCUGCGGCUCAAUGUGAGCUCCCUGUGUGGCGAGAAUGUGACGGUAUUCGGCUGUCUGAACCAUGAAGUCCCACUGAUGUCCGGUGACAACGCAUCGGUCACCUGCGAGACGGAGUCCCUGGCAGGCUUCCUGCUCUCUGUCAACGCCACGGCCAGCCUCAGCCGCCUGCGGAUCCCCUACCCCCAGACGGGCAGCUGGUACCUGAGCUUGCGUUCUCUCUGUGCCACGGAGCACGGGUUUGAGCCUUGCACCAACGUGACAGCUGAGGUGUACCUGCGCACCUACCUCUCGCCCUGCAUCAACGACUGCGGUAUCUAUGGCCAGUGCAAGCUGCUGCGCACCAACAACUACCUGUAUGCCGCCUGCGAGUGCAAAGCUGGCUGGAACGGCUGGGGCUGCACAGACAACGCCGAGGCUUUCUCCUACGGCUUCCAGCUCCUCUCCACGCUGCUGCUGUGCCUCAGCAAUGUCAUG